AGGUCAUUGCCCCUUGCUUCACAUAAGGUAAAAGUAACUUUCCGUGAUGAACCUGGUGAAGGUACAGGAGUUGCGCGUCAUUUACCCUAACAACUGUCAAACGUUUGCCUGUGUUUGAUAAUGUUAAUGAGAUUGAAAGACAAAAACGCCAGGGAUUCAGCUUCUGUUAGUCCUGCAACGCCAAUUAUGCCUAAAGCUGACGAUUCUGUUACUGCUAGCGGUAACCCCUGCACACAGCACAAGUCCAUUCAUUCUUCCAACUGGUUCAGACACUCAAACACCUCUCUUUUACAAAGCUGCAGCAAUAACCUCUGGAGGAUUUUAUACACCAAUUACUGGUUUAAAUUGUACCACCACUUCAACCACAACAAAUCCUACAUCUAAUAAUAAUGGUGCUGAUGAUCCAUUGUCGAGGUGGAAUGGGAUGAGGUGAAGUAAUUAUGGAUGAAAAUGUUUGGGAUCAUAGUAACAACAAUAAUGUAUUUGGCAGUGGAACAUCUACUACCCAGAGACCCAAUGAUCCUCGUUCAACUGUUCUUCGUUCCAUCUCGGCUAAUUCAACAACACCUCCAAUUUCUGCUAAUGAUUCUGUGACUUUGGGAGGUUCUGGUGCUACAUCAUUACCUUUAGCUGCUCAAUCAAUUGUCGCUGCUGAUAACACUGUUGUAGCAAAUUUGGUGGAUAAUAGUACUUUUCUACAAGUAAUACAAGUACACAAUUAUCUGCUUGUUUCUUGCAAUUAUUUUUUUAUGAAAAUUGGAAACAACAAGGCAAUAAAAUCAAAAGGAGUCACCAACAUACUUGAUUAUAUAUAUAUAAAGAUUUGGAUACAAAGAUUUUGGCGUUUUUAA